CGCAGCACGAACACCAUGUCCGCUUUCACCCUCUCCGCCUCCCACGCCGUCGCCAAGACCGCCGGUCUCCGCGCCAAGACCCAGGCCGGAUCCGCCGUCCGCCGCGCCGUGACCACCAAGGCUGCCGUCAAGGUUGGCGACAAGGCGCCGGACUUCGCCCUCAUGGGUGAGGGCUUCGAGGUCACCAAGCUCUCUGAUCUCAAGGGCAGCAAGGUUGUCCUCGCCUUCUUCCCCGCCGCCUUCUCCGGCGACGCCGACGGCGGAUGCCAGUGCCAGCUCCAGGCCCUCCAGUCCAUCGCCAAGACUGACGGCGUCAAGGUCCUCGGCAUUUGCAAGGACCAGCCCUUCGCCAUGGGCGCCUGGAAGCAGGUCCAGGGCAUCGACUGCCUCUCCGACUGGUCCCUGAAGACCUGCGAGGCGUACGUGGGCACCCUCGACUUUGGCGAGUUCCUCGACGGCCUCGACGUGUCCACCGACUUCAAGGGGUACAUGGCGUCCAGGCGCGGCUGCGUGGUGCUCGACGAGGACCAGAAGGUGAUCUACUCGUGGAACGGCAUGCCCGACCAGCUCCCGGACACCACCGAGAUCCAGGCCGCGCUCGGCAUCGGCAAGACCGACUUCGCGUGAGCGUCGGGAGCGCCCCGAGCGUCCGCUCGAGACGACGAAGGUUAUGUUUUUAAAUGAGCAAGUGAGUGAUGCAAGGG